AUGCAGACUCCUGGUGCCAUUGCAAAAUUGCAAUUUAAACAGGAUAUUUUGCCCACUGUUGGAAGUUCGCUUUCAACAGAUGACUUACUUUCGCGUCUCCGCGCGUUGCACGAGGAACUGGCGACACUAGGACAGAACAAAAUUGACCUAACCAGUCUGGAUAAAUACGCUAGCGAUCUCGUCAAUCGUAAGCUGCUGAAACACAAGGAUGGUGGUGUCAGAGCAUUUGUCGGCUGCUGUUUAAGUGAUAUUCUAAGGUUGUACGCGCCAGAUGCACCAUACACUGACAGCAACCUGACAGAUAUUUUCAAACUGUUCCUCUAUGAAUUCGAACGACUAGGGAACCCUGAAAAUGGCUACUACAUCCAACAGACAUAUUUGCUAACAAAACUUCUCGAAUAUAGAUCGAUUGUAUUGAUUGCAGACCUCCCAACGUCAAACAGACUGCUAGAGCAACUGUUCAGUAUUUUCUACGACGAGAGUAAAAGUUUUCAGCCUAAGCUUCUCAAUGUGAUUGGUGGAACUCUUGGCGAAGCCCUAUCUGAAUUUGAUGCAGUCCCUUUGAAUGUACUUAAGUUGAUAUUCAACAAGUUUCUGACAUAUAAUCCUAAAGAAAUUCCUAAAGGUCUGGGAGUGAGUACUAACUGCGGUUACGAAUUAACAUUGAUAUUAUGCAACGUAUACUCCAACAGAAUUAGCAGACAACUCACAAGCUACUAUUCUGAGAUUCUAUACAACAUCUCUAAACACGAGGAAGAUGGCUACUCCUCUAAUAUUGAACUGGUACAAGCAACCCAGAAAUUACACAAGCUGGUUCUCAGGCUCUGGGAAACAGUUCCUGAUCUUGUAGCAGCUGUGAUUGGAUUUGUAUAUCAGGAACUCUCUUCCUCUAACGAAAAUGUACGGAAACUGGCCACUAAGCUGGUCGGGACACUAUUGACUGUAGAUACGGAUAUUAAUUUUGUUGAGACACAUAAGGACACCUUCAAUGUUUGGAUAUCCAAGGUUGCUGAUAUAAGCACUAGUGUUAGAGUGCAAUGGGUUGAAACAAUAAUAGAGAUUCUGUCCUCGAAAGAGGAUGUACCCACUGAAAUUAGCAAGGGCCUAGGGAAAACUUUAAUUGACGUUGAUUCUCAAGUGAGGAGAGCUUCUGUAUUAGUAUUUUGCAAAGUCAAUGUGGAAGAUAUUUGGAAAAAUAUACACGAGACUUCAGUGUACUCGUCGCUACUUCAUUUAACGAGAGAAAGGAAUAGAGAAGUGAGGGAUUUGUGCAUAAGAACUGUGGCUAAGUUUUAUUCGGAAUCUCUAGAGAAUAUAAAAAGGACAUUCGAAAACAAAGAUAUUUGGGAUAUCGUUGACGCCAUCCCAACUGCUCUUUUCCAUUUAUACUACAUCAAUGACCCGCACAUUAACGAACUGGUAGACGGUGUCCUAUUUGAGUACUUACUGCCUUUGGAAGUUCAGGACUCCAAAAGGGUUGAACGUUUACUUACUGUUAUUUCCCACUUUGACAAAAAAGCAUACUCAUCGUUUUUCGCCUUCAAUAAGAGGCAACUUCAGAGCUCUUUAGCAUUUUCGAAGUAUAUUGAGUUUAGCGAGUACUUGAAUAAUGACAACUCCCCGGCCUCCGAUGGCACGGACACAAUUGAAGUAAACACUAUUAAGAUCAAAUAUCACAAGACCAUCGACUGGCUAGCUGGGAGCCUGGCGGACCCGGCCAAGGCAACAGAGUCGUUAAGAAUACUAAAGACAAUAAAUGAUUCUAGAAUCUCUUAUUUGCUGAAGACAUGUGUUUCCAACGAUACCCCAAUGGCCUCUUUGAAAAACAGCUUUAAUGAGCUGGUGAAUAAACUACGAGAUCCAGCCCUGUUCAGAAAAUAUAACAUACCUUCUGUGUCUACUGUCAUGCCCAAAGAACUGGCAUAUCAAAUUAAAGCCCUUCUUUACAGAUCAUCGCCACUGAUCUACAAUGUAUCCAAUGUCAAGUUAUUCUUGGAUGUCUCUCAAAAUUCGGAGUCGCAAAGUGCUUCCCUGAAGCGCAAGUUAUUGGAUGAUAUCUCUGACGUUAACCCAGCUUUAUUCAAGGACCAGGUUCGUACCCUGAUAAACUCAAUCAAAGCUUGCGAUUUGACUGAAAAAGACGACCAAGAAGUAUUGGCCCUAACGGAAACCGUUAAAACACUUUACAAAAUUUCGAAAGCAUUGCAAAGUCAAAUUGAUUUUGAUGACAGCGAACUGACAUCAAAAUUGCAAGAAUUUGUUGUCAACAACUUCCCCACUAUUGCAAAAUACUCCGUGGAAAUUUUAGCUUUGGCCCCAAAUGCAGAGAACGUCCUGUCAGCUAUAAAAUCUAGCAUUCUACCAUUGGAAAUUGCAAAUGGGAAAGCCUUUGUCUCACAUAUUGCUGUUUUAAUGGAGAUCUUCAAGUUCCAUCCCCACGUUUUAGAUGACGAGUCUACUAAUAUUGUAAGUUAUCUGAUUAAAGAAGUUCUCUUGGCAAAUCAAGUUGUCGGUAAUAAAAGCAGUGGGGACGGUGCCGACAAAGACUGGAUCUCAGACAAAGAACUUAUGAGUGAUAUUGAGGGCAAGUUCUCUGCAUUGGCCGGCAAAAUUCUGGCAUUGAAGCUAUUUACCAAUAAGCUGCGAUCAAUUGCUCCAGAUGUUGAAUCGGACGAACUAGCAAAAACCUUCACUGAAAAAACGAUGAAGCUUUUUUUCUAUUUGAUAGCGAGUGGUGGGGAAAUCAUAUCUGAAAAUGAUGAUGCCAACUAUCCAACCCCUGACCUAUAUCAAACGAAGCUAAGAUGUUGUGCUGGUCUGCAGAUAUUGAAGCUAUCAAGAACUUCGGUGAUGAACACCUUUAUCAGUUCAUCAGAUAUCAUUAAACUUGCUAAUUUAGUGGAAGAUGAGUCCCUCUCUGUGAGGAGGACCUUCCUCGACAAACUAAAGGAGUAUAUAAGCAACGAGCUAAUCUCCAUUAAAUUUCUUCCAUUAAUUUUUUUUACUGCAUAUGAGCCGGAUAACGACUUGAAGGUGUCUACAAAGACAUGGAUUAACUAUACGUUUAACAGAGAAUCAUUCAGGAAAGGCACGGUAUUUGAAAGGGUAUUACCACGGUUAAUCCAUGCAAUUUCUCAUCAUCCUGACAUUGUAGAGGGGCUGACUGGAUCGGAUGAAGAGUAUAUUGGUGCAGUGACUACAGCAAUCGAUUAUCUUGAUUUUUUCUUUGAUUCAGUCACCACUCAAGAAAACUUCAGCUUACUGUACUAUCUGUCUGAGAGAGUGAAGAAUUAUCAAGAUAUGGUAUCAGAAGACGGAGACAUUGCGGAUGAGGACGAUGAUGCUGAAGAUCGAGAGGAUGAGGACCAGGACAAGAGGGCUCAUAAAGGUCAGAAACUCAAUAACGAAAGACUAUACACCAUUGGGGAAUUAGCACAAAUGAUCUUAUUGCAACUAAAAGCUAAACGGAACUGGCAACAUUCUGCUUAUCCGAGUAAACUAAAUCUACCAAGUGACUUGUUCAAGCCGUUAGAUUCCAUUCACGACGUACAAGCUUCAUUCAAAACCCACAUUGGUGAUAAGCACAUCGAACUGGUUAAGUCAAAUAUUAAAGCAAAAGUUGCGAAAAUAGUGUACACAUCUCAAACGCAACGUCAAAGAGCACAGAAACGAUUAUUGGCCCAUGAAUACAACAAUGAUCAUAACAAACGGAAGAAGGUCAGUGGUUCCACAACAAACACUGCACCAGGAUUCGGAAAGGAAAACGAUGAACAUGAAGGUGGUGGCGAAGAUCGGUCCUACAAUCCCGGUAAGGAUGUAAAAGUUUACGAUAGUGCUCUCCGUAGGAAAACUUUGAGAGAGCGGAAGAAGAACGUGGAUUAUAGAGAAGAGCCGGACGAAGUUGUCGAUAACUUUUCAUAG